CCCAGCUCUGCCCAGCUGGUGCGGGGCCGAGCGCAAGCCGCGGCGCUAGGAUCCAAGUUGGAGACAUGUCCUCCGGGGUGGCCGCGCGCCACGACGCCAAGAAGCUGGUGCGUUCCCCAAGCGGCCUGCGCAUGGUGCCCGAGCACCGCGCCUUCGGAAGCCCGUUCGGCCUGGAGGAACCGCAGUGGGUCCCAGACAAGGAGUGUCCGAGAUGUAUGCAAUGUGAUGCCAAGUUUGACUUUAUCACAAGAAAGCACCACUGCCGCCGCUGCGGGAAGUGCUUCUGUGACAGGUGCUGCAGCCAGAAGGUGCCGCUGCGACGCAUGUGCUUUGUGGACCCCGUGCGGCAGUGCGCAGAGUGCGCCCUUGUGUCCCACCGCGAGGCAGAGUUCUAUGACAGGCAGCUCAAGGUGCUUCUGAGUGGAGCCACCUUCACUGUGACUUUUGGAAACUCAGAAAAAUCUGAAACCAUGGUUUGUCGUCUUUCCAACAACCAGAGAUGCUUGAUUCUGGACGGGGACAGCCAUUGUGAAAUUGAGGUCGCACACAUCUCCACUGUGCAGGUUCUCACGGAAGGCUUUGCUCCUGGAGAAAAAGACACACACACUUACAGCGUCCUGGAGAGCCAGCCCGCCUCCAAAGGAGGUAAUGCUCGGGCCACAGGCAUGUUCCUGCAGUACACGGUGCCAGGGACAGAGGGCGAGGCCCAGCUGAAGCUGACCGCAGGGGAGGAUGCAAAUACCAGCAGGAGGCAGGCAACAGCAUGGCUGGUAGCCAUGCAUAAGGCCGCCAAGCUCCUCUAUGAAUCUCGGGACCAGUGACCGUGAGCUGAAGGAGUGCAACUGUCUCCAGGGCUAAGCCACUUGCCCCUGGCCAGGCACCACAGGGCCUCACCCUGCUAUGUUGAGAAAUACAAUCCACCUAUUUAGAGCAGCAAAGUGUUCACUUACCUAGUGCCGUAUGCACGCAGCUUCAGAGUCUUGGAGGCUGAGCUACUACUGCUGAGCUAAUUUUACCAUAACCUGUAUGACGUGUCCAGGCCCAUCAGUGCUCACUUCACUAGUUCUCCCACAGAAACAAAGUGAGUGGUGGUAACUAGGGCCUCUGGUUUGCACUGGAGCCUGCCCAUUUCCAGUAGCCAAUUUACAAUGUUGCCUUAGCCUGUUUAUAGACUCUCCAUUGACCUUGUCACUAAUUUGGGGCAAUGAACAAUCCUUUGAUACUUCAUAAAGCACACAGCAUCAGCCUUGUUUUCUACUUUUCACUUAUUCUUUCAUCUUAUUAAAAUGAUUGUACAGCAAUCUGUAUAUAAAGCAUAUGAUUAAAACCUAUUUUGGA